CAAUCAAAUUGGGGUGACCAAACCAGAAACAUAAACACAUGGAUCAAAGAAAGAAAGUUUUGAUCAAAUCAAUCUCUACUUUGCUGAUCAUUCUUCUCUGUGCAGCAAAUAUAACAGAAUCAGAGCCUACAAACCCUAGCAAGAAGCAAUUUGUACUGGUUCAUGGUUCCUGCUUUGGUGCUUGGUCAUGGUACAAGCUUGUGACCUUAAUGAAGUCAUCUGGUCACAAUGUCACUGCCCUAGACCUAGCUGCUUCUGGGGUUGACCCUCAGCAGGCAAAAGAUCUGCAUUCAAUUUCUGACUACUUCAAGCCCUUGACGGAUUUCAUGGCAGCUCUUGAUCCUCCACAUGAUAAGGUCAUCCUUGUUGGUCACAGUCUCGGUGGGUUGGCCAUUUCUUAUGCCAUGGAAAGAUUUCCAGAUAAGAUAUCUCUAGCUGUUUUCGUCACUGCCUUAAUGCCUGGCCCGACCCUCAACAUCUCCAGUCUUAAUCAAGGGUCGUUCGGAAGACAAGGAUCUCUAUUAGACAGCAAAUACACAUAUGAACAAGGAUAUGUUUGGAGCAAUGAGAGAUAUGAGAGUGUGGAACACAGGGUGAUGGUGAACUCAGAGAAGGAAAGGUUUUCCAUUCCCUUCUUCCUCAGCCCAGCACACUACACACAAGUCAAGCCCUUGGAGGAGCUGACCGAUGAACGAAACCCUGCCAAGUAUAAGCCCUACAGAUGGGGCAAGUUUAUCACACAUAGAAAGCUCAGUAAUUUCAAGAAACUCAGUACUGAAAACAUCCAGAUUUAUCAUUUCAGGGUAUUGGAAUAA